AUGGUGCGAAUCCCGCCCCUGGUAGUGUGCGGGCCCUCUGGCGUGGGGAAGGGGACCCUGAUCAAGAAAGUGCUGAGCGAAUUCCCUAGCCGCUUCCGCUUCUCCAUUAGCUGCACGACUCGGAACAAAAGGGAAAAGGAAACCAACGGGGUGGAUUACUACUUUGUCGAUAAGGAUGACUUCAACAAAAAGUUAAAGGAAGGACAGUUCCUUGAAUUUGAUAAUUAUGCGAAUAACUUUUAUGGGACCUUAAAAAGCGAAUACGACAUUGCCGUGGGGCAAGACAAAAUCUGUCUCUUCGAAAUGAACAUUAACGGAGUUAAACAAUUAAAAGAAUCCCACUACAUAGAGGACGGCAUUUAUAUUUUUGUGAAACCACCGAGUAUUGAAAUUCUUCUGAACAGACUAAAGAAUAGGAACACGGAGAAGCCUGAGGAGAUUAACAAGCGCAUGCAGGAAUUGACGCGCGAGAUGCACGAGGCCGACAGGGUGGGCUUUAACUAUGUCAUCGUUAACGAUGAUUUGACGCGCACGUAUGCGGAGCUGAGGGAGUACUUGCUGGUCUCUUACCCGCAGUUAAGGGGGGGCUAG